AUGGGCCUUCGAAUCAUCGUGACCGGGGGGUCUGGCAAAGCCGGUCAGCAUGUCAUCGCGGAGCUUCUCAAAGCCGGACAUACAAUCUUGAACUUGGAUCUGAACCCCCUGCAAAAUGAUGAAGUGUGCACACUCAAGACCGACCUGACAGUCUCCGGCCAGGUCUUCAGUGCCAUGUCCGGCCAAUUCGCUUUGAGCGAACCAUUCCCUCCGGGGCUCCCGCCAACCCCGGAUGCAGUUAUUCAUCUUGCAGGCUACUCGCGCAACAUGAUCGCUCCUGAUGAUGAGACGUUCCGUACGAACACUGUAUCUACUUAUAAUGUGAUUGAGGCCGCCUGCAAGUUGGGUAUCAAGAAAAUCAUCAUCGCGAGCAGUGUCACAGUGUACGGGGUGUCCUUCGCACUUGGUGACACAGACUACCCAUCAUUCCCUGUCGAUGAAGAGGUAGAUACAAACCCAACUGAUACCUACGCAAUUGCCAAGGUCUGCGGUGAAAGAGUUGCAAGGGGCUUCGCACGUCGAUUUGGUAUAGACAUAUAUGCCUUCCGGAUCGGGCGGGUUAUUGCACCCGAAGAAUAUGAGCAGGAACUCUUCCAUAGCUAUGUCUAUGAGCCAGAGAAAUGGAAGGUCCACGGCUGGUCCUAUACCGAUGUCCGUGAUUUGGGUCGGAUGUGCGACUUGGCCCUCCAAAAGUCAGGACUUGGGUUUCAGGUCUUCAACGCGACGAACGAUACUAUCACUGGCAUGACCCCGACAGAGGAAUUCCUGAGACGACAAUGCCCAGAUGUUCCCUUCACGAGACAAAUGGGGGAGUUUGAAGCUCCAUUGACCAAUGCCAGGAUGAAGUCGGUUUUGGGAUUCGAGGAACAGCACCUAUGGCGCAAAUAUUUCCCAUUCAAGGAACAAGAGUCAAACUAG